AUUGUGAACUGUACCUUAUCCCGCAGGAUUCCUUUCAACUAUCAACUUGUAAACCUAGCAGCAGCGGAUAUCUCUUACGCGAUAUUUGCGGUACCCAAUAUCAUUUUACGCCACCAUGUUUACCAUCCUGAGGGCCUUGCUGGCACAUUAUUAUGUACAACGCUGACAGGAACGAACUUAUCGUGGGUUGGUGGCCGUGCCUCCAUGAUCACUCUGCUUGUCAUCGCCAUUGAAAGGUACUUUGCAGUGGUUCACCCCCAUGGAAACAAAGGAAAACUUACAAAUCGCAAACUCAAGGUUUAUGAUAUUCAAAUAUAUAAUUAUGAUUGUCAUUGUCUCGUCAACGACCGCUAACUUUUUAAUUCAAUGUUAUAAUUCUGCACUAUUCUGAACCUUUUAGCAGCGAUAAAUGAUCCUGGAGCAUGGUUUGAACUAUGUUUUAGCCUUGUGGUAUACUUGAUGUACUCCGCAAGUCAGGGUAUACGAGGAACUUUUAGUUACAAUAAGGAGCCAUUCAUAUAGUAAAUCAAAAACUACCAGCAAUAAAUGCUAUUCCAAGAUUAAGUAGAUACGUCCGGACCCGUUCUAGUCCGGGAAAAGAUCACCGGUGGGGUUGAUUCUCAUCAGCGACCACCACCCGUAGCGACCAUUUUUAAAAUCACUGGAGCAUUUUGUGUUCUCUAUUGCGGGAGGUUCGAAUGGAGGCUCGCACUCGGAAAACCAGUGUGACGAGGGAAAACAUGAUUGACUAGUUGGGAAGUUCAGGCUUAAGCAACUUCCAAGGCCUGCGCGAUUUGGACAGAGUCUCCUUUUCUCCACAAGAAAACAAGGAAGGCUCUGCUUGCAGGUUGAGAAAAGGAGUCGAUCCAUAGGCAACACCCUGGGGUUCUUACAACUUUUUAUACGAGUAGGCUCCGCCCCGAGCUCCGAUUAAUACCUUAGCUCCUCUGAUAUCCUUCAAACUGAAGAAAAGAUUAUUCCUUCCGUUUAAAUUCCAUUGAAAAAUAGCACUACUUUCGCAUACAGUAAACAAGAACCGAUGGCAUCACUUUUCUAAAGUCCAUAAGCAAUAUCUCACAGGAGAACGCGAACCCCAAGCAUCACCUUCUUAGCCCCAGUUGCAUGUCACUAGAAUUAAAGUAUUAAUUAAGAGAUCAGACCUGAAUAAAAGAAAAAAAAAAGUGGUUAUAACCGGGCUACGUAACAUGUCCGCAAGUGGCGACCAAAGAGCUCUGCCAUUAAUUUUACGAAGAAAUAUUACACAACACAUGCACUGACACGGCUUCAUUCGCCCUGGUAAGACAUCGCGAUCUACUUAACAAUUAUUCCACGAGUGCGCGUUGGAUAUAAAAUGAUGAUAGCCGAAGAGGCGCGUAGCGCCGAGUUGGCUAUAAUCAUCUCAUAUCCAACAAGCGCGAGUGGAAUCAUUGUUUUAUUAAAAACGCGCACAAAAUAUCGAGAAUUCUUCCCGACUUUAUUUGUAAAACAACCGAUUUUCAGAUUGUUUUUAAUUUUUAGCAGACGCGUACAGUUACCAUAUUUCGAGAGCAUGGUAUAAUGGCUCAUAUACCAUGAUGGCUAAGCCAAUCAGAGCCCUCGAUUGCAUUAUCCAAUGAUUCAGUUUUUAAUAAAAGUGACUACACCAUGAAACAAAACCUUGCUACAAAAUUAUCACAUUGUAACGGCUAAUCAGACCUAACCAUUGUACACACUUGUUUUAGGUUAUUAUUCCCGGUAUUUGGAUCAUCGCUUUUAUUUAUAGACUCCCAUCUGCGAAGAAAACUUAUGUUGCCACUUCCCAUCGCUGUGUUCCCUCAUUGCCUACAGAGACUAAAGAGUCCAUUGAUAUUGCUUUUCGUGUCCUUAAGUUCAUUCUCAUAGCAGUGUUGGUUGUGCUAUACGCCCGAGUUGUGUAUGCCUUGUGGUUCAAGCGAAGUGGUAAUGCAGUCACACAUCACCAACAGGUACUAAGCUUUCUAGACUUUCUAUAGGCUGCGAAACGCUCUCAAUGGAGAGGACCCCGAGAAGUGUGACGUUACGUUAUAUGGUAGCAAACUUUCUGGAUCACAGCAAUAGGGAGCUUAAGGAACGACGACGGCGCAGUGAGAACGGCAAAAAAAACAAUAGCUUUAUAUUAGCAAAACCGAACAACACCCUUUUUUAUACAUUUCUUAACAGUCGUUGCACGACUGAAUGAAACGAAUGAAACAUUAAAUUUGUACGGUUUAGGUGUUUACACGAGUUCGCGUAAAAUUGGAACCGUACGAGUCAAAAAUUUUGACCUAUUUCUGAUCAGGUAAAAAAACUUGCACGGUUGCGCGGGUCUCGUGUAAACAAAAGGCGAAUCCGUGAAAGUUUUCUCCCUCUCAAAAAUUUGUCCGUAUCCAUGUAAACGGGGUCUUACCUUUAUCGGUAACACUCAGAAGUUAAUGGUCUGUAAGAAGAAAAGAUUAAACAACAUAAACGUUUUUUUAAAUAUUUUAAAUAUUUAUCUGGAUAUAUUCUCAAAAUUAUCUGAUAUGAGCAAUAUUGCAAGCUUGGGUGCCUGUUCUAAUGUAUCAUUGUUUUGUACACAGGCUGUGCUGAGGUUGCGGAAGCGAGUCACCUUGAUGGUUGUCUAUGUCAGCGCCUUUUUUGCAAUUUCUUGGGGAGGAGACACUGUGCUGCACAUUUUGGAGGAUAGCUCCUUUAAGCUGAGUCCUUUAGCAAUUCCUAUUGCGCACGUAAUGGUUAUGUUCAAUGCUGCAGUCAAUCCUUUUGCUUACGCCCUGAUAAACGAAAGAUUCCGGCAGAAGAUGAAAGAAAUGUUCGGCAGUGGCUCACGUUCGUUGGCAGCCAAGACUUUUGUUACUUCCGAGCGUAAGCCACAGGGAAUCGAGAUGGCAAACAUGUUGGUGAAGCAGAAUAAUGAUCACCCGCAGUAA